AUGUACGAAAAGGCCCAGAGGAAGCUGAGAGAGGAGGAGGAACGCAGGCAACAGGAGGAGGAAGAGAAGAAGAAUGAAAAGAGGAAAAUAUUGGACGCAGAGAGGGAGAAACAAGAGAAAGAGAGAGAGAAGAAGAAAGAGAUUAGAAGAAAGAAAAUACGUGUGGCAUCUGCAGCUGCUGUUGUUUUGGUGUUAGGCGGGGUGGUUAUAGCUGUGGGGGCCAACACAACAGUGGCUUUAGCUCUAGGAGCUCCUGUGCUGGUCCUAGACGUGUUUUGUGGUUUAGCGGCAGAAAUAUCUCCUUCUUUGAAUCCGAAGCUUUUAUCAGGUUUUCUGAAACCAAUUUAA